UACGUUUGUGAGUACGUAGCCAUAAAGCGAGACAACUUUCUUUCCUCGUUACCUCGAAAUCCUGUCACAGAUUUUGGACGCGGUUUCAGAGAAGCAGUCUUUUUAAACACAGCAACGUCAAGAUGGUGGCAAAGCAGAGAAUCCGCAUGGCCAACGAGAAGCACAGCAAAAACAUCACGCAGCGAGGCAAUGUCAAAUCGACGAAAAACACCACGGAUGACAAAGUCUCAGUGGGACCAUGGCUCCUGGCGCUUUUUAUCUUUGUCGUGUGUGGGUCAGCCAUAUUUCAGAUCAUCCAGAGCAUCCGAAUGGGAAUGUAACAGGAAGUACAGAUGCACCGCCCAGCGACGACUCGCCAUUCCUACGUACUACUUCCUGCUCCUUCGCAAUAAAGGAAUUUCUGUCCGCACCUUCAGUUUAAUUUGAGCGAUUUCUUCUGUCUGAGGUCGAUCGGCGUGCGAUUCCUCUUCCUGUGCCUUAUUACCAUGAGAAGAUUUCAUCAAGCAAUUAACUGCUGUCCACUACGCUUUGUUGUUUCAAUGCAGGCUAAGAUGUGACUUGUCUUAAUUUCUUACAUUCCUCUGGAGCAUGUGGUAAUUUUUAUUCCUAGAUGAAGGCACUUGAUGUAUCCUUUCUUUUAAUAUUUAACUGACCAAAUAGUGGGAAAUUUGCACGAGGUGAAGGAUAUAAAAAUAAUAAUAAAAAAUAAAUAAAGCCGGGAACAGGAGCAUGUAACCCAAUCAAUCUGAGCGAUCAACCCUCUCCCUUUGACCACUCGUGUAAUUUUCUUUCAUUCCUGUAUGAUUUUGCGAUUCUAACAGUAUUUCCGUUGGCUGCCUCUGUGUGUGUUUCAUUUCUGAUUAGCGCCAGAGUUUUGGGCUACAUAUGGGCUUCGUCUCAUUUAAAGUUCUCAGGCACACACUCUUUGGGAUACCCCAUAGUGACCUAGAAAUUGUGCAGUUAAUGGAAGCUUUGAAUAGAUCAUGGGGUGAAACUGAAAUAAAAUGUCAUUGAGAGCAUA